AUGUUUAGGUUAAUCAGCUCCCACCAAGGUGUGAGACCCACUUUGCUACUGCAGUUGAAGCACAAUGGUACCAAUACUCCAACUUGGUUAUCAACUACUAGUUCAGCUUCAGGGUCAACUUCCAAUGGAAAUGCAAAUGCUGGUUCGAGUCUCGCUUCCAGGGUUUCCGCUCCUUCCGGCAAACUAGACUCACCACUAUAUUUACUCAAAAGAUCGAAUUCGACCCUUGCCUCUGCAACUGCGUCUCCUUCAGCUCGUUUGCAAGACUUGCAGCUUAAACAAAAACUGGAAGCUCGCCAGGCGCUGGAUAGAAUCAUCAAAAAGCAGGGCUACUUGUUUUUCCAAAUUAGCAAAAACAACCAAAGGAAGAGCACUUAUUUGGGUGAGCUUGUCAACUUGACAAAAGAGUUUCUGGACCUUAUGGCUAUAGAUAGUUUCAGACAGGAGUUGAGGGAAAAGGAACUUGAGAAAUUUGCAUCGAAUUUGUACAAUGCUUCGAUUCUUCUGAGAAGAAACAGAUUGGAAAGUGCCAGGAACAGAGACAAGGAUAACGUGAGAUUGUUUCAGUACGAUGUGACUUGUCAAAAUGCCAUUUUGAAGCUUGCAGAGUUAGUUGCCACGGGCGAAUUUACAAAAAUCUUGAAUGAAAAGAUUUUGUUUCAUGUAUUUGGCACCAUGAUGCAGUUCCAACUAGACGAGGAUAUUUUAAACCUUUGGGAAACUGGAGUUAACAUGAAGGAAAAAGACGGAGUAAAUGUGGCCAACAUUUUCUUAAACCAAGAUGUACUUUCCAUUGUUCUUGGUGUUGCAUACCAAUCAAAGCGGUUUAACUACGAAGAGAUUAAGCUGAUUAGUGCCAUGAGUGUCGUGGACGGGAAACUCACUAGUCCCUUGUUGGUGGAGAGAAUAGGCCAAAUUGCCAUUAGUGAGGGUGAUCAUGGUAAAGGUCUUGACUCCUUGGAGACUUUAAUGUCCUUUUUAGAAGAAGACCCUGGAAUGAAGAAUGUCUUGGGGGCAAUGUCACAGUUGCACUUGAGCUUCAUUGGCAACUGCAAAGACGUUACCAUUGCCAAAAGAUUCUUUUUUAAAGCAACCGAGGAACAAAAUAGUUUACCGUAUAACGUGCCCUUGAAAGCUCCAUACAUCGUGUCACUAUUUGAAAAUUGUGCUGCCUGCGAUGACUCCAUGGAAGAAAUUAUAAAUCUUUGGAGUAGAGCUAGCUCGCAAUUCGUUGACCACAUGAGAGACCAGUCGGCAAGAUUAGCCACAAUACACACGGGCAUGUUUAAAGUGUUUUUUGCCAAGUAUCCCGAGCCAACAGAGGAAGCUUUGAAAUUGUACGAGCUGUUGUUCACGAAAGCCGAAUCCGUGGAUGAACUUUUCCUCAACACGUUGAUUUCUCAAAUGACUUGGACCGACAAGAGCUUGGUUGAAGAUGCUAUUGGCCUUUUCGACAAGUUCAACAUUGCAAAGAGUUUAAUCUCGCAUAGAAUCAUUUUGAAAAAGGCGGGUAACGCUGAUUUUUCCAUCGAGGAUAUCUUGUCGAAAUGGACUAGUUUGUUGAAAAAAUUGGACGAGCACAGAUAUAGCUAUAUUGCUGCUGCCGAUUGGUCUGCUCUUCGAAACUCGACGAUUUUGUCAACCGCGUUCCUGACAAAGGAAAGACAUGGCUUGUACUAUUCCAUAGUGAAAAGGUACGGGAACUACAUGCAGCACCCUGAAGCUGCUCUUCGGUUUUUGAGAAACUGGAUACCUACAGCUUGGGCGUAUAGACAGAUUUCAAGAAUAACCACGGAGGAUUCCCCGGUUUUCGAACAUGAAGUGGAAAUACCUCAAGAGGAUUUCCAACACCUUCGGCCAAAUAUCGAUUAUCGAGAAGUUACCAAAACAGUGACUGAAGCAAAACCCAGGUUACUCGACUGA